AUGUAUGAGACGACGAACCUCGACGGCAAAGAUUACCGUGUUCAUCGAGACGUCUCACCCAAACUCGGCUCGUCCUCACACGACGUCACUCAGGCCGUCAAUAUCGCAGACUAUGUCCACGCCAUUCAUACUUCAGCUGGUUGGCAAUGCAAAGUACCACAAUGUGGGGCUACAUUUGAUCACGAGUUUACAAUCGACCUACACCUCUGGGCACAUGGUGUUUCUGCCAAAUGGUACUGCGGCGAGCCCAGUUGCCCAAAUGGUCCUGACCAAGGCUACAUUGAUCGUCAUAGCUUCGGAGAGCAUGUGGCUGUAGAGCACAUGAAUUCAGACUACAGCUUCGCAGCUGCACGCCGCGCUCCUCGCAAAGAUGUCUUAGUGGCAGGCCUUUGGCGCUACUUGAAACUUGCACGCGUUCCAAAAACUACAGCUGUCAAUCCGAACUCGACUGUUGAUCAUACCGUGCCGAGCUCGGUAGAAGAUGACAUUUGCGAAAUUCCAGACGACGGAGAAGAUGACAUUUGCGAAGUCCCAGACGACGGAGAAGAUCCUACAUGGAAUCACGUUCUCGCCAUGUGGCAGACCAACUUGCACGGUCAGCAAAGAGAGCUGAAUUCGCACGAAGCAAGAGAUUCUGAAAACAUGAAAAAAUGGCUUGGGAAAUGUUUUGAAGAAGAUUUGAGCCCAUCUGAGCGAGAGGUCAAGGAGACCCUCCUUGAUGAAGACUUCAAAUCGAAGCACCCUUAUCGCUGGGUGUCUCUCUGGAGUGACCAUGGGUACUGGGGUCCGGAUCCUCUCAACGAGGAACCCGGGGUGUACUUUACCGAAACACUGACAUAUCCUGUUGUCUAUCUGGAUCUGCGUGAAGCUAGGAUGUUCGACAAGUCUUGUCGUGCGUUGUGUGACAUGCUCGGCACCAAGGACAGAGACGUUCUGUGGCCUGCGCUAAGCCAGAUGAUUCUGGGUCUGCCCCCAACCCUGGAACUCGAUAUCGACUUUGUGGAUUUUGACGAAGAUUUCGAGCAAGAUUCAAACAAUAUCCAGAGCACUCAAACCAACGAUACUGGAAUAAGCGAGGUUCGCGGAUCAGGCCCCAAAAUUACGACUGUCUUGAUUUGCCCCUGGCCUGGAUGUGAAUGUAGGAAGGUCCAUACACACAGCAUCAUAGUGCACUUUUUGGCUGCUCAUCUGAACUGUGUGUGGCAAUGUCCUGAGAUGGGUCCGCUUCAAUGCGGUCACAACGGUUGCGACCAAGUUCUCCGCAACGAUCCCGCUGCGAGUAGGGGCCACGUGGACUACUGGUCUUUUCGCAAACAUUUUGAAGUAUUCUUCAGUCGGCAGAUACAGAAUCUUCCCCAGGAGCUUCGCACUUCAAAGUCGAAUCCACAGUACUUCAGCGACAUCCGUCGGCAUAUGCCGCCACUUCUUGACGAAGCCGCGUAUAAGCAACGUUUCGCGGGUGGCGGCCCGCCUAGAUGCAACUAUUGUAUUCAUGUUAUGUCUCAGCUAUCGCCUCCUCAUGCGGCCUUACCGCUUCCAUUUCUUUUCGGAUCACGACGCGAUACAGCCUCCAAGGGGAAACGUAAGCGAGUAGGUAUCGGAAGAAGCGUGAACGACCAGUCUUCAUUUCUUCGGGUUGUCCAAGAGGAUGGCUUACGCUUACCACCGAUGGCGAAACUAUACAAAGAGCUCAAGACAAUGUUUCCUCGGAAAAUCUUUAUCAUUGACUUCGAGACUAUGCGGCGUACGAAGAAGGGUCAACCUUUGGUUCUACUCGAGGUUACCGUCCGGCACGGAGAUAACAACAUAAUCCUGAGCUGCCCAGUCAAUGAGGAAGGCGUUACAAAUGCUCAAUUCGAGGAGGAUAUGAGAAAAGCAGGAUUCGACGCAGCCAUCAUUCGAAGCGCACGCAAAAUUCGAGGUUCUCCAGGACAACAAUUCCCAACGGAUGCCAAAACGGCGGCACAGAUCGUGAGAAAACCCCUUGAUGCAGGGCUAAAUCCUGACUCAUUAUGGGUUGAAUACUCGACUCGUUUCUUCGACUAUCAUUGUAUGGAGCAGUUAAUCGAAACAGCUAGGAUCAUGUCCGUCGACCAAAUACUUCCGCGUCGCGAUAAAGUUUGGUUAGUGUGUCCAGAUUUUAUGCGCGUUUUCCCCGGUAAGUGCGAUGACAAGGCCGCUCAGUUUUAUAGUGAACCCUUCCUAACAAGAUCUAUAGGGCUGUCUUCAUACAAACUCGGUCGCGUUGUCCGGUUGAUGAACCCUGCUAAUGAAUAUCUGAAGAGCCUUCACUUCUCAGCAUCUGAUACUGCAGUGCUCCACGAUAUGCUGGAAUGCUGGGUGGACAAGUAUCAAUUUGCAGUGUGA